AUGUGGGUCCGCGGGAGCUCGGGUGGACCAUAUCAGCAGGGAUCAAGCAAGAAAUCAGGCACGCAGGUUAGCGAGAGUCCCGGUUCCAACCUGUGGGAGUAUGCUUACAGGGUUGAUGAGCGAGUGGACCUCCAUGGGCACCCACCAGCACUGAGGCCCGUCUCCCAGAUGCUAGGCGUAUGUGAGAGACGAGGAAUCGUGAGGCCCGCUCCUGAUCUGGCUCCAGGCGAGAAGCACAAUGCACACUCGCCCAUACACAGCCCACCAGUCUUGCAAAAGUCGGAUGUUGAUCAGAGCAGAGUCGAUGAUGAGAGUGCCUGGGGACUCGCGAGCUCAGAGCCAGACUCGGCUGGUAGUUGGAUGGAUUGUACAGCACCGCAUACCCCAGCACAGCCAGCAGCAACACACCCAGAGAGCCUCGAGGCCCGCACCGUUCGAAGCCCGAAUCUUCCUGCGGUGUCCGCACAGCCGUGCGGGUCGCUCUGCGAUCAGAACUUGAAGUAG